CAAAGUCACAAGGGUCCGAACCCAACAAAAAAACUCUCCAAACCCCAUUUCAUUUUUCAAAUCUGCUCCUGCCCCACCUCCGCCGCCGGACUUCCAAACGAUCAAACCCCACCCAGUCGCUGUCUCCAGCCCCAAAUCCUCGAGCUCCCUCCGUCAGUGGCGCGAUGGGGUUCGUGGAUCCGGCGGCGCCGCUGCUGGCGACGUGCGGCGGCGACACGGUUAAGCUUUUCGACGUCACGGUGGAGACCGGCGACCCCUGCGUCCUCGCCUACACCCCCGCGCCCGCGCACCCCGUCAACGCCGUCAAGUGGAACCACACCAAUCUUAUUGUAGCAAGUGCUGGCGAUGAUAAAAAGAUCUCAUUGUGGCAUAAGAAGGGUCAAAAUGUAGGACAACUACCAACAUCAACUGUCGACCGUGGUGAUGACAUAGAGGAGUGCAUUUAUUCUAUCAGCUUUAGCAACAAAGGUUCUCGAUAUCUCUGUUCCUGUGGAAGUGGCCAUAUUGUUAGGAUAUGGGAUUUGCAGCGUAAGAGAUGUAUCAAAUGGCUAAGCGGUCACACUGACACAAUUACUGGCGUAAUGUAUAACUGCAAAGAUGAACAUUUGGCAUCGAUCAGCAUGAAGGGGGACCUGAUUCUUCAUAAUCUUGCUUCUGGAGCACGUGUUUCUGAACUUAGCGAUCCAAACGGACAGGUUCUGAGAGUGCUUGAUUAUUCACGAAAUAGUAGGCAUUUAUUGGUGACAGCUGGAGAUGAUGGUUCUGUGCAUCUUUGGGAUACAACUGCAAAGUCUCCUAAGGUUUCAUGGCUGAAGCAACAUUCUGCACCCACAAGUGGUGUUUGUAUUUCACCAUCCAGUGAUAAGAUAAUUGCUACAGUGGGCCUUGAUAAGAAGUUAUACACUUUAGAUUCAGGGUCAAGACGGCCGGCCCACACUAUUCCUCAUGAGGCCCCAUUCUCCUCAUUGGCGUAUAAUGAUGAUGGUACUAUAAUAGCAGCGGGCACUAACAGUGGACGUGUGGUGUUCUAUGAUAUUCGAGGAAAACCAAAGCCAUUGACCAUCCUUCGUGCAUAUAAUACUUCUGAGGCUGUGACAGGUUUAUGCUGGCAACGGUCGAAGCCUGUCGUUGUUAAUGAGAACAGUUCUUCUGAAGUUGCUCUUCUUGGGGGAACUAAUGAAGAGUCUGUUCUUAUGCCAGAUCCCUUGCCUUCAGCAACACCUACAGGCCUUGGUUCUGGGGUGGCCACUACAAGUCUUCUCUCUUUGACAGCAAACACAAGUGGCUAUCUUUCGGCCUCAAAUUCUUCUACUAUGGAGGAAACACCAUAUAGAACUCGUCCGCUGACUGGUGGACCGUUAUCAAAGCUACAGGCUCCUCUUAGUAACUAUAAUCUGAAGGAUGAUAUGGAUGUAUUUUCUCCACUUGUUGAUGUCCAGCCUUUCACACCAUCUAGUGGCAACUGGUGGGAUGAGCAUGGAAGUGAUGAUGCAAAAAAGGAUGAUAAACCAGGAGAAAAGAAAUUUUCAACAACCAGGAAGUAUUCGUAUAUGGAAGGCAAUGAUGAGCCACAUCCGAUUGCAGAUUGGCGGUCUACUGCAAGACAGGAUAGCAUCUCAUCUGUGACUACUACAUCCAUGCCAUCAUGGAAGAGCGAACUGUCUGUAUCUUCGCCAGAGCCAGCAACUGGAAAUGCAUUACCAGACAGGCUUACUCAACGUCAACUGAUCUCACGCUUUGGGUCUUCAGCCUUUCCAACUGGUGGCUUGGCAUUUACAGCCUCACAAGAUCCAGCUUCAGCACCCAGUCACUCACUGAAGGGUUCUCUUACAAGUAACAUUUUAAUGAAUCUACAAAACAAGGGCAUCUUGAACAAUGUAUCCUCUUCCCUGGACGCAUCCUCUCCUAAUCUUCAGAGUUCACUUCCCUCAUCAUAUGUUUCAAAAACUAUGCCAUCUGUGAUUCCUGAUCAACUAGGAGCAGCACAAUCCACUUCUUUGUGGAGACCCACAACAUAUACUGAUAGAAUGAGCUCAUCAUCUGUUUUUAGUGAUGGAUUAGCUUCAGCAUUUGGCUCACCCAAAUCAAAGAAGACAGGAGCAGAAGCAAAAGAUGAGUUGCUCAGUAACAUUUUGUCAAGACAAACAGCAGCUGGCUCUUCAUCUGCAAUCCCUUUAGCAAGCAAUGGGGUAGUGCCACCACAACUGGCGAACACAGGUUCUUCAUCUGAUCAACUCGGCGCUUCUUCCUUCUCACUUCAGUAUGUGCAGCGCAUGCUUGAAGAAUCUCUUGGGUCUGUCCAGAAGUCCAUCCAUGAGGAUGUGAGAAAUCUCCACAUUGAACUUUUAAGACAGUUUCACAUGCACGAGAUGGAAAUGUCAGGCGUGCUGAACUUGGUCCUGGAAAAGGUGGAAGGCCUGACAAAAGAAGUGCAGCAACUAAGAAGGGAGAACCAACAGCUCAGGCAGCAGCUUCUCUAAUAUGUGCCUUUGGGCGCCUCUCUGGCAAUCUUAUGCUGUGGAAGAGUGCAAUUUGCUCAGGAGUCCUAGGUAGGCCCAAACCUAUGUAGAGGCCUGGCGAUGGUUGAUUCUCAUAUUGGUUGGAAGCUCGUGUUUGACUUUGACACGGUUGUACAUAUAAUCCUCUUAAUUUAGAAGCAUAUUUUGAUCGAAUUAUUGAUUUGUCUGUUUGCCGUGCUUCUUGGACUGGCUCCAUGUAUCUUGGUGGACCUUGGGCGUCCUGAUGGCAUAUGUGAGAGGUCAACACAGGUUUCCGAUGUAGCUUUUGUUAAUAUAAUUCCUUGAUUAGGCUC